AUGAGAAUACACGCCUUGUCGGUCGGAAUCCUCGGCUCACUCAGCAUUGUCUCCGGGACGUUGGAUACUAGAACCCCACGAACCCCACACAAAGAGCUCCCGCGAAGAUGCGAUUGCUAUACAGUAUCCGGGCCUGAUCCUGGGUACUUUCAGCAUUACAAGCUCUGGGACUUCCGAACGGUGGACUUGAAGAAGCAUGCUCAUCUCAAUCUAUCCGAGCCCGUCGUAGAUGGCGACGGCGAAUGGGACGAAUGGGAGGACUUCGACGAGAGUGAUGAUGAACUCGAGAGCAUCGUCUUUCCUGAGACCAAUGACACAUCUCAGCCCGAUCCCACUUCGUUGGUGCUCUUCAAAACCUCGUUUGAGAGAGACUGGAGCAGUCAGGCGUGGGAGCGCCCAGGAACACCCAAAGCCCCCGUUCUCAUGGUCAACUCUAAGAACAAUGUCUUCCUCACCCGGGACUAUGAGCGGGAUGAUCCGCACGCAACUUACCUUGUUCUACGCACCACCCGUCACGACGGCUACACUUCCACAGCAGAGAUCGAGACCCGUCUGCGUAAUAUCUACCGCUGUUCACUGCGCGUACGACUCCGAUUUUUGCCCGCUGACUUCGUUAUGGCGCAACCACCGCCACAGCCGAGAGCGUGGCCCCCGGAGCGACCUGCGCACGCGCUAUUGAACAAUAGAACUGUUGAUGUUAAUCCGACAAAACCGCCCCAUGAAGGCCUACCACCACCCGGAGCUUGUGCAGGCAUCUUCACCUACCAUGACCGCCAAACUGAAUCGGACAUUGAGAUCCUCACUCGCGACCCACCUCAUACCGUCCAUUAUGCCAACCAGCCCGAUUACGAUUUUGAAGCCGAUCGAGAGAUUCCAGGCGCAAGCACCAUCGCUCAGAUACCAGUCCCAUGGAAUACGUGGGCCACCCAUCGGUUGGAUUGGCUCUCUAGCAUCUCACGGUGGUUUGUGAACGGUCAGAUCCAGGAUGCUCGAACGUACCGCGUCCCUGACAAGCAUAGCAUGGUUGUCCUCAACCUCUGGAGUGACGGUGGGCUUUGGACUGGGGAUAUGAAGCUCGGGGAUAGCAUUUACAUGGGAAUUGAGUACAUUGAGCUGAUCUACAAUCGAUCAUCGGAUCCUCCGAACCCUCUUUAUGCGAAUCCGCAGAAUUCAAUGCCGAAUUUGAAUCUCAUGGAUAUCAAUCGUGACCAACCUACUGAACCGAGUCAUUUUAUAUGCAAACCGGGAAGACAGGGUCGCGAAUGUCGGAAACAGAAGUUUUUGAACAAACCUCGUGCUGAAUUUUGCUACAAUCCUUGCAACGUUGAUGGCCUUUGA